AUGGAGGCGGUGUUGACGGAGCUCAAGAACGAAGGGAACGCGCAGUUUGCGUCCGGCAACGCCAGGGGCGCGAUUGUGACCUACAAGAAAGGCAUCCGCCUCAUCGAAGCCGAUGCAGGCGAGCAGCAACAGGAUGUCAAGCCUGUGGGAACGUCGGCCACGUCCUCGACAACAUCUGAGGAGGCGCGGAGACUACACGUGCUGCUCUACUCGAACAUGUCGAACGCGUACUUGAGCCUGAGUGAUUUCCGUGCGAGUUGGGAGAUGGCUGCAGCGGCGACGAGACUCGACCCGCAUGCUUGGAAGCCGUGGAUGCGCUUCAUCGAGGCUCGGCGUCGCGGCGGCUUCCCGUUCGACGCCCUUGUGCACUCGCUGCGAUACUUGCGCCCACUCCUGCGCGCAGAGCGGGAGCAGAGGCGCAUGACGGCGGCAGCUGCGACGGCGGCUCUUGACGCCAUCGAAGCCCCGCUGUGUGACGAGUUGGGACUGCGGCGCCUCUCACCGGACAUCGAGCUCGUCGAGUACGCUGGCGGCGUGGCGAUGAUCAGCCGUCGCCAGUUUCAGCCGAGGGAUGUGAUCUUUGUCGAGCACAAGUACACCAGGAUCAACUUCGAGGAAAGCGGGAUGAGCACGCAACCUGGCUUGACAACGGAGUCGAUUGUGGAGUACUUCGCAGAGCGCCUGCGCCCUGAGCAGGCUGGGGCGAGUAGGCGUUGGUGCAACUUCAAGAGGGAUUUCACAGGCGCAUGGCCGCGCAACGACGACGACGUCGACGUCGACACCCGCGAGACGAUAAGCAGCCACCUACGCACCCGCUUCCCCGACGUUGCCGAGGACGACUUCCGUGAGCUACUCAGCACCGCCCUUAUGUGUCGCUUCAACUGCUUCCACUCGGGGUUCUUCCGCACCUGCGCCCUGGCGAACCACAGCUGCCACGCCAACAUCGCCAUGAAGUAUAGCAGCGUGGAGGAGACGGUCAAAAUGAUCGCUGUCGACAUCAUCCAGCCCGGCGAGCUCAUGAACGUGAAGUACCUCAGCGACGCCCACUUCCUGCUUGGCGUAGGCAAGCGCCGAGAGCUGCUGCGCUCCUGGCUCUUCUGGUGCCAGUGCGACCGUUGCCAGCGAGACAGCCAGGUCACGGCAAUCUCCGAGUUCGUUGAGUGUUCUGCUUGCGGUACCUUCUCGCACUCCGCCCUGAUGGGCUUCAACCCCGCCUCUGAUCCGCUGCUUCAGGCAAGGGAAGCAUGUUGUGCGUGCAGCGCGGACAUGGUGUGGUCACCAGAGCAGCGCGACCUCCUCCAUAACGAGCUCAUGCACACGUUCACAGCCAGCACAUCUUACUACACCUCCACCGAACUCGCUGCGUGGAUGCACACGCAGCUCAAGAUGACGGAGAAGUUGCGCCUGCACCCCGAGCACUGGAUCUACCGCGCGCUCUUCUACUUUUUCGCUGUGGCGCUAACGGCAAUGGUCGAUCGCGUCAGCGCGGGGCUAAACGAGCCGCGUAUCUCGCAGCUUGUGGUGGACGAGAUGAAGCACCUCUUCGGGGCCUGCGGUCUGCAGACAUACUACCUUCCCCGCUGCGCCGCCGCCCGCGCGAAAGCCGGUGCGGCGAAGCACAUGGCUGGCGUGGUGGCAAUGGACGAAGUCGUGUGCACAAGCAGCGACAGCGGCGGCGGUGGCGAGUUUCUCAAGAGCCUCAUCAUUCUCUGGGAACUGCUGGUGCCUUUCUACCCUGUGAACGAGAUGUGGUCCGUCAACGACGCCAUCUGCAAGCUGGUGCUGCUGCACUUAGUGUACCCUACGCCAGCGUCGUCACUGGCCCCGCCGCUGGCGCUGAAGCUGCUCCGGCGGCAUGGUAGCUAUGUCGGGGACGUCAAUGGUGCAAAGUGGCUCCACAGCUAUAGUAUGCACCGGACCACCUUCAACACCAAGGAGCCGCUGCCGUUGGCGAAGGUGAAGAAAGCCUUCAAGGGUGGCUGA